AUGACAUCCCUUUUCUCUUGUUUAUGUAGCGGAGGCUUCGAAAAAGAUCGAAGUAUAAGGCGUGAUUGGAGCUUUCCUCAUUCACCUCCAUUAGAUCCCGAUUUAUCUGAUGUUGAAGAUGAUGAUAAAUAUUAUACGUACACACAAAAAAGUGCAACACAUUCAAUUGUUUUAGGAGAGUCCACCACAAAAGUUGUCUAUCCAAAUGACGAUGAUUAUGAUGAUGAUGAUAUCGGAUAUAUUAGUCAUGAUGAGGGUAUUUAUUACAGUGAGAAUAACUCCGUUAAUGAUAGUACCAACGGGGUUGAUAGAGGCUAUGAGUAUGACGAUGGUGAUGGUGGUGAUGAUGAUGAUGAUGGAUAUGUUCGUGCUGACGGAGGAGAGGAAGAUGGUGGAGACGGUAACUAUAGUGGAGAAGGUGGGAGUAGUUUCCGCGGUGAUGACUAUGAGAGUGCAUGA